UUGGACGCGCCAAAACUUCAAAGGCUAGAGCAUGAGCUUCGCUAAAUCAGUUGGUCUCUCUUUCUUCCAUUCUUUACUAAGAUCACAGCUUGAAACCAAAACCGUUAAUUCUCCCUUACUUGUUUUCCGCCAAUUACUACAAUUCAAUCUAAAGCCAUCUGAUCUCACUUUCUCUCUCGUCAUCAAAGCCUCUGCUUCAUAUUCACUAAAACAGAGGCUAGAAGCCUAUCAAAUACAUACCCAUUUACUUAAAUCCGGCAUUAUUCAUUUUGUUUACAUAAAAACUACUCUUCUUAGCUUUUAUGUAAACUUGGGUUGCGUUAAAAGUGCAAGCCUUUUGCUUGAAGAUAUGCCCGAAAGAGAUGUUGUUGCUUGGAAUGCGCUGAUUUCUGGGUACUCAAAAAAUGGGUACGAUUUAUAUGCAUUUUAUCUGUUCAUGGAAAUGCUGAGAGAGGGAUUUACGCCUCAGACGACGACGUUGGUUGGUUUGAUUCCGUCCAUUGGGAGGCUUGAGUUAGUGUCUCAAGGGAAAUCUAUUCAUGGGAUUGGAGUUAAAGCUGGGUUAGAUAGGGAUUCUAAAGUGAAAAAUGCUCUUACUUCGAUGUAUGCCAAAUGUAGGGAUUUGGCGGCAGCGGAAAUUUUGUUUGAAGAAAUGGUGGAAAAGAGUGUGGUUACUUGGAAUACUAUGAUCGGUGCGUAUGGACAAAACGGUUUGUUUGAUGAAGCAAUGGUUCUAUUCAAGAAAAUGAGAGAGAACACUCUGGAAGUAAAUUCGGUAACAGUUAUGAGCCUUCUAUCAGCUAAUGCUGAUCAUGAGACUGUUCAUUGUUUUGCUAUCAAAACCGGCAUAGUCAACGAUGCUUCUGUAAUUACUUCUUUAGUCUGUGUAUAUGCAAGGUCUGGAGAUAAUGAAUCAGCUGGAUUGCUUCAUAACUCAUUGCCUCAAGAAAAUUUGGUUUCCUUGACUGCUAUAAUUUCAAGCUAUGCCGAGAGAGGGAACGUGGAUAUGGUGGUAGAAUGUUUUGCUCGGAGUCAGCAACUAGAUAUGGAAUUGGAUGCAGUUGCAAUGGUUGGCAUUCUCCAUGGGGUUAAAAAUCCUGCUUAUAUUGAUAUUGGACUUUCUUUUCAUGGUUAUGGAAUAAAGACCGGUCUAUGCAUUCAUUCUUUGGUUGCAAAUGGACUAAUAAGUAUGUAUUCGAAAUUCAAUGACAUAGAAGCCGUGUUUUCUUUGUUUUCUGAGAUGCAAGAAAAACCAUUAAUCAGUUGGAAUUCAAUAAUAUCUGGCUGUGUGCAGGCUGGAAGAGCAGAUGAUGCCAUGGAGUUAUUUUGUCGAAUGAAGAUGUUUGGGCAUCAUCCAGAUAACAUCACCAUUGCCAGUCUACUUUCCGGGUGUUCACAAUUGGGUUAUUUGCAGUUUGGUAAGAAGCUUCACGGUUUUGUCCUCAGGAAUAACCUAGAGGUGGAAGAUUUUAUUGGUACUGCUCUUAUAGACAUGUACAUCAAGUGCGGAAGCAUUGAUGUAGCAGAAAGAGUGUUCAAGAGCAUCAAAGAACCAUGUCUGGCAACGUGGAACACAAUGAUUACAGGCUAUGGUGUAUGUGGAUUUCAAAAUAAAGCGCUUACUCAUUAUGCUAAAUUGCGGGAACGAGGGCUAAAACCUGAUAGAAUCACGUUGUUGGGGGUUUUGGCUGCUUGUAUCCAUGGUGGUGCAGUUGAUGAAGGAAGAAGAUACUUCCAGAUUAUGACAGAAGAAUUUGGUUUGGCACCAAGUCUGCAACACUGUGCAUGCAUGGUUGCGCUCCUUAGUCGUGCCCGCUUAUUCGAGGAAGCAUUAUUAUUUAUCAGUAAUAUGGAGUUCGACCCCGAUUCUACCGUGUGGGGAGCUUUGCUCAGUGCCUGCUGCACCCACCAAGAGGUCAAGCUUGGGGAAUAUAUAGCUAAGAAAUUGUACCUCUUGGAUCACAGAAAUGGUGGCCUCUAUGUCUUGAUGUCAAAUCUUUAUGCUUCUAAAGGGAUGUGGGAUGAUGUAGCAAGAGUAAGGCAAAUGAUGAAGGACACUGGAGGCGACGGGUGUUCAGGAGUUAGCCUACUUGAGGUGACUUCAUUCAAGGAAAUGGAUGACAAUACGUAUCUUUGGGAAGUUGACCUUGGUGAACAAUCUGGCCGGCAAAGAUUUUCAUACUGACAAGACCAAAUCACCAAAGCCUAUUGGUCUGGGC